GAUAAAAUGCACGUGCAAAGUACAAAAUCGCGAAUGGCCGGCCGGUGAGGGGCAAUUAUCAGGCCGCGACUUUUGCGAGUAGAAAUUUAUAAUCUCAAAUUUACGGUCCGGCAAUUUACGAUUGUUUUUUCCGAGCGGCGCCGCAGCGCCACAGGUGAGGAUCUAGCGGCGACCACCAUUAGAUCUUCUUCUUCUUGCGGCCGUCGGAGAAGAAGGAAAAAAUCACCAGAACCAGGGGCGGCGGGGGGUGCAUCCGGUAGACCGUGCACAAAACUAAAGACCGCCGCUCGGCGCCUUUAGUUCGCGACCAGACGCCAACCGAACAUCACAAACCACAGAGAUCUACCCGCAAACAUGAACGUAGCCGGUGCCGCAUCUACCAUACUCCUAUUCAUCUUCAUCACCACUACAAAUUGUCAAAGGAUAACCACCAUCCAACUUGAUGGAGUCCAAUACUUCGUGAGUCGCAUGAAUCCUUAUUCGCCGGAGUUGAACUUCUUCCUCGCAUACCAAUACUGCAGAUCUCUCGGGCUACAACUGGCUUCAUUUGAAACAAAGGAGAAGGCCCUAUCCAUAACCCAGUACCUGAAGAAUGCCGGGUAUCAAAAGUAUGACUUCUGGACAUCGGGCAACAAGUUGGGCACCGACAUGUAUCUUUGGAUGAGCACCGGUCUUCCUUUCAACGCCACCUUUAAUCUUAUGCGAGGUUCCGAUACUAUCCCAGAUAUUCCUAAUGGUAGUACCAGUCCGCAAAGAACUGCCAGAGAAAGUGGUGAUAGCGGUUGUUCAAAUGGUUGUGUAGCAUUGAAAGCACCCGAUUUUACAUGGGAUACAGAUGACUGCACGUCCAUUAAAGACUUCAUCUGCGAGCAAACACGAUGCUAUUAUUACAAUUAUGGUUCGAUACCGGUGUCAUCGUCCCAGGGGUAAGAAAGAGUCUCCUAUACCACAACGUCAACAACCGUAAAGUCUAUUUUGUCGUCGGAAAGGGUAAAAGUGUUCAAUGAGUUUUCUAGCAAGUACAGGAGGACGGCGUCGACCAAGGACGGCAACUUGGCUUUACCUCGUAGUCCGAAGCAAGACGUGGACAUCGACCAGUCGACAAACGGGCCAUACGACAGCAAUUUCCACGUCAAUGCUGAGCUUCAGGACGACCCGUCGGCUUCCAUCGCGGAGGGAUCCAAAAACGAAGAGGAUCAUGCCUCCACUAUUGAACCCGACACCGUCACCAUCUUGGCCCGUUCACUCUCAUCCGUCCAAUAAGUUAGUUACGACCCCUUAUUUAUGUACUUCAUCAUUAAUCGCCUAGCAUAAAUAAUCGUUUUGCAAUUCAUUCCAUUUUGUAAAGUAAGUUUUGAGUUUUAGUAAGUUGUAGUAAGAUUUAGUGUUCCGUAGCUUUACAUUUUAUUUUUUAUUCCUAGUUAUUAUGUACCAAGUGAAUCGUGAGAUAAUAAACAUUUCUUUUUUAACAUAGAA